AUGAAGGCCGAUCUAAGAGAAGCCAAUCAGUUGUGGGACGGCACCGAAGUCUUAGGUGAGGGCGAAGAAAAAGCGGAUGAAACGAAUUUUGGAAUGGCUUUGAGAGAUCUUGAGGAAAAGUUCAACAGGAUUGAUCCACUCGCCCUUGGGGUGGAUUAUAUGAUUUGUUAUGCGGCGGU